CUUAAUUAUUGAUUUAUCUCGAAAUCUAUUGAUUUAAGCAGAAACCUUUGAAGGACUUUUUUAUAGCCCCGUGAAUUCCUGACAAAAAAAAUUUUUUCACGUUUCCUUCUAAACUCAAUAGUCUUGAGAUCAAUCGACAUUUCCAAAACAGUUAAACUCGACUUAUCUGGUUUUACUACUUGGCUACUGUCUCCUUUCCACCGCUUCCAUUUGAACAAUAAAUAAUCAAGAAUUCCCCGUCCUAAUCGAGUCGUUCUGUUUUUUUUUUUCACAAAUAAUCAUCCCAACGAGAUAAAGAAUAAAACCGGUAAUCAGUGACGCGCGAAACAUUCAACUUGAUAAAUAUACGAUCGCAGCGAUUGUCUACCCCUCAAGCUCCCGAUUUAAACAAUGCCAGCGUAUGUAUUUGUACACGGAUAAUUCUCAUCAAGUUCUUAUCAGGUGUUUCCAUAACUCCCGUGCGCACGUAUAUAAAUCGUGUAGGUGGGAAAGCAUUUGCGGAAGCCUCCGCAAAACAUUCAAAGCCUCGAGUACUCCGAAUAAAGUGGCUCAGUGAUAAACGUCAGUGUUCAAUAAAUUAAUACUUAUAAAAACCUUGAGUAACCUUUUUCCUAAUCAGCAACAAUGUGCAUUCUCUUCAUUUAUCGAAAUCCCAACGCAACUGGUUCUGCUUAUCGUUUAAUUGUUGCAACAAAUAGAGACGAAAAUUACCGAAGGCCUACAAGAGCUGCUUAUUACUGGGAGAAUCAUCCAGACUGUUUAGGAGGGACGGACCAGGAGCCAACGAAGGAAGGGGGCACUUGGCUGGCAAUUUCGACGAAGGGUCGUGCUGGGGUACUCUUAAAUCUCUCGGAGGCACCCAAACCUCCUGCAGAUACACCCACCACCCAGAAGAAGGGUCGCGGCUUCCUGGUGACAAAUUACGUCGUCUCGAGAGAAACCACAGCGAAUUACUUGAGAAAUCUGCAUGAGGAAAAUAGCAAUGACACAUACAAUCCUUACACUCUGGUUCUCAUUGAUUUGAAAACAGCAGACGUGAGUUUUAUCAGCAGUUCCCGAAGUUGUCAAGGCCCACAGUUAUCUGUAACUGAUACAAUUUUGGGUUUUGGGAAUACAUCAGUUGAGACUCCUUACAAAAAAGUGAUAAAUGGGAAAGAGCAGUUCAGGCAGAUCGUCACAGAUCCAAAAAUAGUUAACGAGAAUGUCCUCAUAGAAAAGCUCAUUCAAUUUCUCAAAUCAAAUGAACAGCAUCUCCCUGACGACGUGAUGGAGGAGCUCCAUCAGGAGGAGAGCAAAGCUCUGAGCUCGAUAUUUGUGCACGCAGAUGAUUGGACUUAUGGCACGAGAACACACACUAUAAUUCUCGUGGAAGCCUCGGAUAGAGUUACAUUCCUGGAAGAGACUAUGAACGAGGAUGAGACAUGGAGUCGUCAGCAUUUUGUCACAUCCCUCGAAUAAUUUCCAAUUCACAGUUGAAACUCGAGAUUUCCAUCAAAACAAUUUCACAACCACAAAUUACUGUGAUAUAAGUUUAGAUGGGAUUCAUUCUAAAAAAUUUCGGAUCUUCCCUCCCACGUCCGAAUAUAUUUUUUGAAUACAGGAAAAAUGGGGCAAAAUGGAGAACAAUUCGUAAUUUAUUCAUAACGAAGGAAUAGAUUGAUCGAUUGGGCUCAGCGAAGGGGAAAAAUUACACCACUUCAUUAAUAACUCGAUGAGCUCGAAACAAUGAAAGAAAAUCUAGUCUCCAUUUUGCUCCUCGUACUCUGAAUUUGUACUCAAAACGAAUGUUGUUUAUAGAAAAUAAAGAAAACUCUAGCUAUCGACAGA